CUUUUUGCUCAAAAGAUUUUCACAGCCUGUGAACUUGUUGCUGUCUUUACAUGUGAAUUUCAGAAGAUAAAAAGAAAGAGCAACUGCACUUCUAUAAAACCCACCUUCCUUGUUCAACCAUUUUCAAUCAGAAGCAAUCCUUGUUCAUAUCUCUCUCCAUAUAACAUGAGGCUCCUCUCUUUUUUCCUUAUCGCCAUCCUACUCCUACAGACUUUCACAGAAGUAUUAUCGGUUGAUAAUACCAUAGAUUCUCUUACUAAGGAGGAAGCAGGAGGGGAUGAAGUGGCUCUUGACAAAAAACAUCAUCCUAAGAAAAUUAAUUGCAGCUAUGCAUGCUCAAGGAGGUGCAGGAAGGCAUCAAGAAAGAAAGUGUGCACACGAGCAUGCAAGACUUGUUGCGCAAGAUGCAACUGCGUCCCACCAGGCACAUACGGCAACAAGAGUGCUUGUCCGUGCUAUGCCAGUCUAAGGACCCAUGGAAAUAAGCUCAAGUGCCCAUGAGUAAUUCUACUGAAAAUACUGUAUUAAUAUAUGGAGAGGGAGAGGGAGAGGGAGAGAGGGAGAGAGAGAGAGAGAUUGUAUGUUACUGGCAUUUCUUGUCAUGAUCUAGCAAUCUAGGGAAUAAAAUCACUGAUGCUUUCAGCAUUGUUGAAUAAUCUCCGGAUUGGAGGGAUUAUAGUUAUAAAAUCCCAUGACCAAUGUAAUCUUAAUCAAAUCCCAUUAUAGUGUAGUGGGUGUUUAAUUCAUGGAAAACUAGUAAGACCGAAUAAUGAAAACAUGAUUGUUUGAAUUUUACGUAUCGUGGAUGUAGGCCUU